CUGUGGCUGCUCUAAAAAAUUGCAUCUUGUCCAUGCUCGUGUUGUGGAUGCAUGGGAUUGGAACAUAUUUUAUAAAAUAGCUUAUAUUCUUGCAGCUCUCCCAAAUUUGCCUUGUUCAGAUCAAUGACAGGACAAAGCCACAUGCAAAUCUGUUAUGCAAAUUGUCUGAGAAUUAAGGAAUGGAUGAAUGUAGAAAUGGACAGCGUUGCCCAUCCUGUGCAAUUCUUUAUGCUUGUUAAAUAGAUCUUGUUGGAUGCUCACCCACGAGAGCUUUCUUUUUUAGCACUACAAUCAGUCUUGCCUUAGAAAAUCCAAUUCCCUGAAUCAAUAUCAAGUAUCUUGUACCUCAAAUAUGCAAGGACUAGUACAAAUCUUUGAAUUGAAACAAGUGAAAGAUGAUUCCCCACAGCCGUCAUUCCAAACAAAUGAAGUUGCAUAACUCUUGUGCUCAUAUAUUUGUGACAACUAAUUGGCAUCUCAUUUUCAAUCACAACUCUUAUGGGUCUGUCCUUUGUGCUUCCAUCGUUUCUUUGUAUUUUUCUUUUAAAUACACAGGACAAAGCCAUUUACAGUGUGAAUGGGCAAGCGUGCAAAGGCCAUCAGUAGCUAAAUUUAGCUUCACUUAUUGAUGGAUGUUAUGGGUCUUAAAUCAGUGCACUGAGGGCUUAGGCAUCUAGAAAAAGAAUUAAGGAAUGGAUGAAAUAUACAGAUGUCCAUCCUGUGGAAUUCUCAAUGUUUGUUAAAUAAAUCUUGUUGAUUGCUCACCCAUGAGGAGGAGAUGUGAUUGCUGCUAUUAUGUUUUAUUUGAUGCUGUAAGAGUAUCAAAGAAAGAAUCCCAGUGGAUUUUGUUUCAUAAUAGUACCUAUUUAACAAUUGGUAAAUGAUCCUCAAAGCUUCUCUGCAAUCCGUACUACUUUCAAUGAUCAAACCAUCGCAGAUUCUAUUCUGGAAAAAAAAGAAAAGGGAAAAAUAAUGUCCAUCCUCUUUUUUAAAAUUCAAUUAUUAUUAUUAUUAUUAUGCCUAUCUGUCCAGCUGUGCGUAUAAGAUUUUAUAUGGAUCUUGCCCUGGUAAGCCAAUGAGAAAAUCAUUUCAUAUCCUAUAAAAUCACCAUUAUACAUAAUCUCAAAUUUUCGGGUCUUAUUAAAAAAUAUGAUACGUCUUACCUAAAAUUAUAAUUUAUCAGGUAUAAAUCAAAUUAUGCACUGAAUAUAUGUAAUAAUUUUCCAUUUUUCAAUACUUAUUUCAGAUCUAUAUCAAUCACAUUUUUUAAUCCUAAUCAUUAAUCACUCGAUGAAACUUCUAUAAUAUCUACUGAGGUUGGUUGGCUUCACAGGUAUACUUGGAGUGAUCUAUGGCAGACAUUAUGGGUUCUUUUUCAAGACCAAGAAGAUUGUAAUGAAAAAUGAUAAUCUGGAUUAAAAAUAAGUUAUUAUAGAAUUUCCCAUUUGUUGAUCUUGUUUAUUAACGUGAAGAAGAUUAACAAUAAGAGAUUAAUCUUUCUUUUCAGAUUGUGGCCCAAACCAAGAAAAUAAAAGCAGUUUGAAAGUUGACAGAAAUGUUAAGUGGUCCAAAAUCCAUGAAGUGCAGGGCAGAGUGAGCAUCUUGUAGAAAGGAUAUAGAUGCUGAUUCUAUAGAUUUGUACAUACAGAGAAACAGAGCUUAGAGAGAGAGAGAGAGAGAAAGAAUGACGUGAUAUGGCUGUAAGAAUGGGACUGAAUCAAAUCAAGAGAAACCCAAGAAGGAUCACGAAAUAUCUGUGAUCUACUUUGAGAGGAUAUUCUUCUCUGAGCAUACACACCGUGAAUAAUUUGAUAAUAUAGUCUCCAUUCCUUUAUGUCUAAAUUCCUCUUUUAAUAAUUUAUUUUCUCACCCACCAUCUUCAUUUUCUUGCGGUUUCUCACUAUAAAUUCGCACUCAUAUUACGUUCAUACAUCUCCUGUGAGUCUGUUUGUUGGUUUUCUUUUAUUGUAGGCUUUGUCAGAGAGGCGUUUUUAUGUAGUCUUGUACUAUAUAAUAGCUGCCUGGAAGCACCUUUAUUGCAACCUCCUGUUACGUACAGCCUUUUUCUUAUUCUUCUCCUUCUUCUUCAUUUUUUUUUAAUAUAUAUGGAUGGUGGUAAUUGUGGGUCUCGUUCAUCAAUGGAAAAGGUGAUGGGAGACUAUGGAGAUCAACCGCAUGUUUUAGCAGUGGAUGACAAUCUGAUAGACCGAAAACUCAUCGAAAAAUUGCUUAAGAACUCUUCUUGCAAAGUCACCACAGCAGAGAAUGGGCUAAGAGCAUUGGAGUAUUUAGGCUUGGGAGAUGAUGGAAGAAACAACUUAGAUACCAAAGGUUCCAAGGUGAACUUGAUCAUCACUGAUUAUUGUAUGCCAGGAAUGACAGGCUACGAGCUACUCAAGAAAAUCAAGGAAUCAUCAAUCAUGAAGGAGGUUCCGGUUGUGAUUAUGUCAUCUGAGAACAUCCCAGCUCGUAUUAACAAGUGCUUAGAGGAAGGAGCACAGAUGUUCAUGCUAAAGCCCCUCAAGCAAUCUGACGUGAAGAAAUUGAGGUCUAAGUUAAUGAACUGCAGAAGCUGAAACACAUUUUUUUGUAAAGGAUUUUUGAAACAACACCCACGAAGACUAAAACAAGGGUGCCAUUACAGGAGGCCACACACUUUGUCAAUUCUGUGACUGUGAUUGUGACUGUCUUUCUCAACCUACCUCUGUUAUUAGAUCAACUUGGUUUAGCUUGAAGCAAACAGCAUAUUUUGAUUUUGUUCAAAGCUCACUGACUUAUGCACUAACUAUUUAGAUGGAAAUUUAAUUUAAUUAAAUGACUUGUGCAUUA